AUGAAGCAGUAUCUCACCUCCCUGCCGGUCCUAGUGGCUCCGGACCCAGGUGAGACGCUGUUUAUGUACCUUGCAGCGAUGACUGAAGUGAUCAGCAUGGUGCUGGUCGAUGAGAGGUUCGGGGUCCCGAACCGAAUUAUCAUCGACAACGGGACCCAGUUCAAGAGCCAGCACUUUCAAGAGUACUGCGAGGAGAUCGGCAUCCAGCUCUACUUCACUUCUGUGGCACAUCCCAGGAGCAAUGGCCAAGUGGAGCAGGCUAAUGCUGAAAUACUUAGGGGGCUCAAGAUUCGCACCUACAACGAUCUUGAAAAGCAUGGUGCGAAGUGGAACCGGACCACACCCAGCCAAGCGACUGUGGAGACCCCUUUCUUCCUGGACUACGAGGCCGACGCAUGCCUACCCCCGGAGAUCACCAUGGGCUCACUACGAGUCCAAGCCUUCGAUGAGGAAUUGUAG